ACAAACAAAUUAAUUUGUAAAAUACUUGAAAUUAAUUUUCAUGAAAAUAUUUAUUUCUAAAUAACACUUUUCUCUAACAAUUAAUUGCAAAUAAAAUAAAACUAAAAUGCCGGAAGUACAUGUAGUAAUACCACCACUUCAAAUACCUUCGGAGAAUUGCAGUGAAAUGGAAAAUUCAUCAACAUCCGCAGAAGUAACUGAUCGAUCUACCAACAGCCACAACGAUGAUCGUCAAUUGGAUGUUAACAAGAAGAAAUACUCUGUGGAAUCUCAGAGCAAAAAUAAAUUGCGAAAAUCCUAUGGAAGAAGAUUUCAAAGGAAAACCCAAAUGAGACCUUUAGGCUCUCAACAGAAGGCAACAAGCGUAUUGCAACAGAAAUCUUACAUACCAAGACGUCUGGCACUUACACCAUCUUCAUCGAACACUUCGCUUACAACAAACGAUUCCUUGCCAUCACCAUUAAUCCCCAUUGUCAAGACACCAAGAGCUGAAAUCCAACUGGAAACAAAAAUCAGUAGUAGAUCGUGCUUAGUACGACAAAAGUCCGGAAUUAUUUUCGCAUUUCGUCAGAGAAAAUCAAUUUCGCAAAUGGAUUUUAGACAUGUACAACGCCAAAUGAACAACCUAUCAAUUUCUACAUCCCCAAUGCAUCUCAGUAAAGACUCUGUUGGGAAUAGCAAAGCUCUACUACCAGCAGACACUAGUGGAGAAAAUAGGACAGUGGCUUAUCCCCAAAAUUCAUUUGUUCAUAAAUUGUAUAAUCAGGACAGCUACUUCUUGACAAGGCCUGAACGUGAUCCCCAAAUGGCAGGCAUGAGAAUAUUUGCUACAAUUAUGUUAAAUGCCUGGCGCAAGAGACGUGAUGAAGUUAAACAUUUAAUGGAAGAAGUGGCGGAUUUGAAACGUAGUUCUAUAAAAGCCAAAAAUCAACUUCAUGUCUUUAACACACUCUUUCGGGUUGAGCAGAAACGCAACGAUGAACUCAAUUGUCAAUUGAAAAGAUCAUUGGAUGAUAUAAAUCUUACAAAAUCCUCAUGCGAAAGUUUGACAACUUCUUUGAUUAGCCUUAAGGCCGAUAAAGCUCUGCUCGAACAACAAUUACAGAUUAAAGAACAAGAAUUCGAAAGUCUCAAUACCUUACUAACACAAACGAAGUCAGAUCUCUUCAAAAGUAUGACAGUUCAAAGAGAACUUCAAGCCUCAUUAUCCAUGGAACAGCGUAAAAUUCAAACAUUGGAAAAUCAAAAGAACGAACUGAUCAAUGAGAUUUGCGAACUGAACAGUGAAGCGUUGCAAAAAGAAGAUGGACUACGUAGUGAAAUCCAAGAGAAAAGUAAUGAAUUCUCCAAACUAAAGAAUAAACUAAAUGAAGCACAAGAACAAAUUAAAAUACUGAAAAGAACCAAAGAUCAAGAGUUAAGCGAAGUUAAGAACCGAGAGGAUCGAUUAAAACAAGACCUAGAAACAUUGGAAAGCGAAUUAAAACUAAUGCAAACAUGUUUGGAGGCAACAUUUGGAAAUCGUCUUAAGAAUUGUUGGAACCAUUCGGUAACAUAUCAAAAGUUCACCUUACAAAUGUUACAUUGGUUGGCGUAUUAUCUUUUGCCGGCAACGCCACCUCCAAAAAUGAAAGCCCUACCUUUCGGCCUAUCUUUGGAUAAGGCUCUAAGCAUUGUCAAGCGUUAAGUUGCAGAGAUAUUGAAUUUAUUCUCAAGAUCUUUGUAUACAUUUGUUUGUAUUUGUUGUACGUACAUAUUUGUGCAUAUAAGUGUUUUGUAUUUUAUUUAUUUUAAAUAAUUUUUUGUAUAAAUCAUUUUAUUUUACAUCAUGUUUUUUGAAUUAAAUUAAA